CAUUCGGUCACACUUGCGCCCUUAUCUCACAAAUGUUGCCAAAUUUAAUCUGCUUUGUUUUGUAAACCACUCAUAUUGCUAUAUAGUAUUUUGAAAUUAAAUUGUUUCUUGCGCGAUCGGGCAUGCGGAAUAUGCUCUUAGUUACAAUUUUUGCACAGCCAGCAACAAAGCAAUGACCGUGCGCGGUAUAGAAGCCAUUAAAUUGUACAUGCCGACGUCAAAGGCAGACACAGCAGCAGCCAUAAAAACAAGCAUACGAGAGGAAACGGGUAGGGCCGUAAUAGAACCUGUUGUUAACAAAAGUAACGCCAUGACAUCUGUGGAGCGAUAUAGACAGGAAUGGACACAAUUGCUGGCCGAUUUGGAUGAGAACCCCGAAGGCUUGCGUUUAGCUGCCUUUAAGGGGCAGCUGAAAAUGUCAAAGUUUCGCAGCAUCCAUUGGGCGCUCCUGCUGCGAGUAUUAAACGCAGAUCAUCGCAGCUGGCACAGCCAGCGUGGGCAGCAACGCAGCCGAUAUGAUAAAUUUCGUUUGGACUAUGUACGUAAUCCUCACGAGCUAGUGGGACCCGAAGACGAUGAUCCAUUAUCGCAGUCCACACAGAGCAUCUGGAAUCAAUACUUUAGCGAUCAGGAGCUAUUCGCGGUCAUACGCCAGGAUGUGGUGCGCACUUUUCCGGGUGUCGACUUCUUUCGCAAGCCCCUGAUACAAAAUGCCAUGACGAACAUACUCUUCUACUAUGCACGCGAACAUCCGUAUAUGUGCUAUCGCCAGGGCAUGCAUGAGAUCUUGGCGCCCAUUAUAUUUGUGCUCUACAGCGAUCAUCAGUCGCUGUUGCACUUCAGCGAGAUUGCCAAGACGAACAUAAAUGAGACAUUGUUGAAUGUGCUGGAACCGGCAUUUCUCGAGGCUGACACCUACUCCAUCUUCUCCCGCCUAAUGUCUUCGGUGGAGUCGUACUACCGCGUUACAAGCAUAGUACCCACACCCGACGGCCACAUGGAGAUGCAAACUUUGGACGAGUCCUCGGGCGCUGACACUGAGCCGCAAUCAGAGGUUGAGGUUAUCAGUCAGCUGAAUUUCAUACGUGAUAAAAUACUGGCCAAGCAGGAUCAACAUUUACAUCAUUAUCUGCUCAAAAUGGAAAUACCAUUGCAUAUAUUUGGCAUCCGCUGGCUGCGCCUGCUCUUUGGGCGCGAGUUUAUGCUGCUGGAUCUGCUGCUGCUGUGGGAUGCCAUCUUCGCGGAUAGCGAUCGCUUUGAUCUGCCCAACUACAUACUGGUGGCUAUGCUGGUGCAUAUACGGGAUAAGCUUCUGUUGAGUGACUACACGACUUCGAUGACAUAUCUCAUGCGCUAUCCCAGCCAUGUGGACGUCAACCUGGUGCUGCGACAUGCCUUGCAUAUGCUCAAUCCCAAGCAAUUCGACUACCCAGCGAAUGCGUUCUCUUGUGUUUCCUUUUCAAACAAUUUGCCCGCAGCCGGUGCACCCGCAUCUGAGUCACCGGGGACCAAUCAGCGUGUGCGUACCAGCUCCGAAAGUUCAAAUGUUGCCAGCGGCAGCCACAUUGAUCGCCACAUCACCUAUAUGAAGGCCCGUAAUGCUGAGUUUUCCGCCGCAUUGGCCAAGCUACAAGAUGUCAAUCACGUUGCCAUGGAUGGUUACCUAGCGGACAGUCCCGAGCUGAUGCGCCUGGAGCUAAAGAACGCACAGACUGUCAUCAAAAUAGCGCGCAGCAAGCUGCUUAAUUAUUUAAACACAGUGCGCCAGCACAUGGGUAAGCAGGGCAACGAGGAGCUCAAUCGCACUCUGGAUGGCAUUGAAGAGCUCUGCAGUUUUCUCGAUGUCAAAUUCGUAUUCCCUCUGCAUGCGCGCACCGCCCCAAUUGACGAGGCACUGGAGGCCAAUGAGCGUAAACAAUUGAAUACUACUAGGAGCAACAGCGCCGUCAGCACGCCGGCAAUCAGCCAGAUGCCGCCGCCGCCCACUGCCAGUGGUUAUGAGAUGCCUGAGAAUGCCUUUAUGCACAACUCGACACGACGGCUCCUGGGGGAUCGCCGAGAAAUUGAAUUGUCGACCAUUACCAGCGACGAGAGGCCGGAAACAAUGGUGCUGCAAAAUGGAAUGCCUGCGGCUGAGCCGCAACAGCGGCCGCAAUGAUGCAUUGGCACCGCCGGCUGCCAACGACUGAAUAUGUUAAAACUAAGUGAACAACUUGUGAAUCCUUGAUUAACCUUAAUAAUUCAAUUUUAUUUGUAUGAAUUACAGCAGUCAAUACAGGAAAUAAACGGAUGCAUACUUGAA